AUGAGCACUUCGAAUUGCCUCCUGACUGUGAGUAGAUUCCUUGGAGUUGCUCCAUUGGGAAGAAAGGGUCCUAUUCAAUGGAUUCACUGCCUCUGGUGCCUGUCUCUGCUCCUCUAUAUUUGGAUUUCUAGCAUCUAUAAAUGCGUGACCUUUAAGUCAGAAAUUCCGACUAUCGAGAAGAUUCUGUAUCUAAUGGAGCUCCCAGGUAACAUGGCAGUGAAUGGAUUUUUGGUUUACUAUGCCGUAAAAAAUCGUCCCUGGUGCCAGGAGACAGAGUUCCAGAUCCAUCGCUUUGUUGGUGGAUUAGACCCCAACGUAGUUAAACUUAUCUACCGGAGACAUUGUCAGAGCAGCCAUCAACUUCUAUGUGUGGUUAUAGCCUUCCAUCUUCUUUGUGCCGCGGUGGACAUUGGAUCCUUCAAUUUCGACUGGUGUGCAACUGCUUUUAGUAACAGCAUCUACAAUCUGCCAGCUCUGAUGAUAAGCUUGGGAGUACUCCAAUAUGUCCAACCUGUCCAUAUCCUUGGGCUUUUGCUGGAGAAUUUGAGGCAGCGCCUGGAGGAGUUAAAGUUGCGCCAGAGGCCACCGAUAAGUGCCACCAAACUGGACGCCGACUACGAAGCUGCUUUUGGAAUUCUUGUGAACGCCGGCGGCUGUUCUGGUCUACUUCUGGAGGAGUUGCGCUCCAUGUGCAAUACAAUAGACCAACUGCAUAAGAAACUGAUGGACAAGUUUGGAAUAUUCCUUCUACUGAACUUCGCCAACUCACUGACCAGCUUCUGCGUUGAGCUCUAUCUGAUUUUCAACUUUUUCGAGACCCCACUCUGGGAGGAGUCCUUGUUGCUAAUUUAUCGCCUACUCUGGUUAUUUAUGCAUGGUGUACGCAUUUGGCUGAUCCUGUCGGUCAAUACAUGGAUUUUGGAGAAGAAGUGUCAUAUGUUCCAACUGCUAAAUGAACUGGAGGUAUGCAGUUCCCAUUUGGAGCGCAUUAUUAAUCGGUUUCUGGUUCAAUUACAAACUAGUCUGAGUCAACCGCCAGUGGCAUGUGGAAUCGUUCCGUUGGACACUCUUGAAGUGGGUGGGUUUAUCGGAGUCCUGAUGGCCAUUGUUAUAUUCCUGAUUCAAAUCGGCCUUGGAAAUAAAUCGCUAAUGGGAGUGGCCUUGAACAGAUCCAACUGGGUGUAUGUUUGA